AUGGCCCCCACCUCAACACCAACUCCGUAUGACUUUCCGAGACUGAGAGUCUCGGUUCAUCUCGAGGAUGACACCAGAUUCCUCGCCCAGGAUGACCCAGUGCCUGAGUUCUUUGAUGUCAAAUUCUGCCCCUAUCAGCCAUUGGACGCGAGACCUGUCUUCGCCGCCGUCAGCAAGAAACAUACUGAGGCAAGAAAUUACUCCUGCACUUGGACAAGAGACGCGGAGACCGGCAGACCGCUAUUGUGCUACGGCGGCGAAGACGCCAAGAUCAAAGUUUACGACAUCAUUGAGCAGAAGCUCGUCAAUUGUCUCGUAGGCCACGGCGGGGAUGUUUGUGACGUGGUCACGUCUCCCAUAGACCCCCUAAUUAUUGCCUCGUGUUCCGAUGAUACGACAGUCCGGAUAUGGAGCCUAGAUCCCAAACACGAGAAGCAGCCCUGCUUAUGCAUUCUUGGAGGCGAAGGUCAUUACUGGAACUUGCUGACAUUGGCGUGGCACGACACGGGCCGAUACAUUCUUUCCGCUGGCCAUGAUCAAAUAAUCAACCUCUGGACCGUGCCAGACCUUCCAACUGAGCACACCGAACGCCCAGUGGAGGUUCACUAUCCUCACUUUUCAACAUCAGAGGUUCACAGCAGUCUCGUAGAUUGUGUAUCCUUCUAUGGCGACUACAUCCUUUCUCGAGCCUGCCACGACGAUGUGAUUGUCUUGUGGAAGAUUGAAGGCUUCUCCUCCCAAGAUCCGCCCCCUCCACAAUCCAUGGCUCCAACUACCAUCAACCCGGCCAAUCUUACCCGUUCUGCCUUUAGCCCGGGCGUGUCGGCAGAAUGUCCAGCUCCCUACACGCGGCUCAUCGAGUUCCAGACGCUCGGUUGCGGCCCGCAGUUCUUCAUGCGGUUCAAGCUGCACUUCGUUCCUGACCAGCACCCCAUCCUGGCCUUCUGCAACGCCAACGGUAAAAUCUACUUUUGGGACUUUGAGCAGAUUACAGGCUUCCACGAUUACAUCAAUGCCGUCAAGAAACCUAGGAGGGGCGGGGAGGAGGCCAUUCCGAAACCCAGUUGGCUGCCAGCCAUCACCCAUCGGGCCAACACGAACGGCAAGGCGGCGCCGACGGUCCGAGAGAAGAAAGCGGCCGACAAGGCUCACCGGACGGAGCUCGAGCAGAUUCCCGAGCUGAGGGCCCAGUACAACCAGGAGACGCUGCAGACGUGGGAUGGCAAGUUUACCGUCGGCAAUCCUCAGGUUCCUCUGAAGCCCCACAAGAUUGAGAAUUGCGGCGCAUCGACGUUCGUGGGCAGACAGGUCGCUUGGAGUCCUGGAGGUGAAUGGUGCGUCGUCGUGGGUAGCUCCAACUUUGCUCUGGUCUUCCAGAGAUGGGUACCCAAGAAGGAUGCGUGA